CUUGUAGGUGGCUUUUCCACAGUACUCCUUGUGCGUACUCAUGGUGGAGUCCGGUGUGCAUUGAAAAGAAUGUAUGUUAAUAAUGUACCUGACCUCAAUAUCUGCAAAAGGGAAAUAACAAUAAUGAAAGAACUAUCUGGGCACAAGAACAUUGUAGGGUAUUUGGAUUGUGCUGUUAACUCUGUUAGUGAUAACGUGUGGGAGGUGCUCAUCUUAAUGGAAUACUGCCGUGCGGGGCAAAUAGUGAAUCAGAUGAACCAGAGAUUACAGACAGGCUUUACUGAAUCUGAAGUGCUAAGAAUUUUUUGUGAUGCCUGUGAAGCUGUUGCUAGGCUGCAUCAAUGCAAAACUCCCAUUGUUCAUAGAGAUUUGAAGGUGGAAAACCUUUUAUUGAAUGACAGUGGGAACUAUGUCCUUUGUGACUUCGGCAGUGCCACUAAUAAAUUCCUUAAUCCUCAGAAAGAUGGAGUCAGUGCAGUUGAAGAAGAAAUUAAAAAGUAUACCACAUUGUCAUAUAGAGCUCCUGAAAUGAUCAAUCUUUAUGGAGGGAAACCAAUUACAACCAAGGCAGAUAUCUGGGCACUUGGCUGCUUGCUGUAUAAACUUUGUUUUUUCACACUUCCCUUUGGUGAGAGUCAGGUCGCUAUUUGUGAUGGAAGCUUUACCAUCCCAGACAAUUCGCGUUAUUCUCACAGUAUGCAUUGCUUGAUAAGAUAUAUGCUUGAACCAGAUCAAGAGCGAAGACCGGAUGUCUUUCAAGUAUCUUAUUUUGCCUUUAAACUCGCCAAAAAGGACUGUCCAAUAUUAAACAUGAAUAAUUCUCCUCUCCCUUCAACUCUUCCUGAGCCCUUGACAGCUAGUGAGGCUGCUGCUAAGAAAAGCCAAAUAAAAGCUAGAAUAACAGAUGCCAUUGGACCAACAGAAACCUCAAUAGCACCACGUCAGAGACCAAAGGCCAAUACAAGCACUGCCACUUCCAGUGUACUUACUAUUCAGAGCUCAGCCACACCAGUAAAAGUGCCAGUUCCUGGUGAUUUUAACAAUGAACAUAAAGGAGCCUCAAAGGCUGGAAAUGGUCAAGAGAAUGUAUUAUCACCAGGAACCCCACAGCAGAACAGAGUAUUGCAGCAACUACAGCAAGGGGACUGGAGGCUACAGCAGUUGCAUCAUUUACAUCAGCAACAGCAACAGCAACAAUUGCUCCAUGAUUCAUACAUGCAGCAGUAUCAGCAUGCCGUGCAACAGCAGCUUUUGAUACGCUCUGUGUACCAGCAGCAACCACCCCCCUCUCCGUAUCCUGCUAUGAUGCAGCAGUACCAACAAGCUCUUCUGCAGCAACAGGUCCUUGGGAAUCAGUUGCCACCACCGAAACGUUCUCCUGAAUUUCUUGCCUCUCCUCAGGAGUUUUCACCAGCCUUAAUCUCUCAUUCUAAAUCCUUUCCAGCUCAUGUUGGUGCAGCUCUGGAUGCUCCUUAUUCCACAAACAGAUCAUCUUCCUCUGACACAGAGUCUGUUUCCAGCUAUCCAAAACAAAACAUCAGCAAUCCCCCUGAUAUGUCUGGGUGGAACCCAUUCGGAGAAGACAAUUUCUCCAACCUAACAGAGGAGGAGCUGUUGGACAGGGAGUUUGACCUUCUGAGAUCAAAUAGGCUCGUGGAGAGGAGAACUUCCUUAGAUAAACAGGUGGAGUCACAUUCUGCUCCACUGACCCAUCCUCCAGAAGAUCUCUUUGGUUCUGUACCUUUCAUUUCUCGUGCAGGCUCCCCAGGAAAUGAAAUUAAUAACACAGCCAGCAAUCUAGAAAACACGUUAGAGAGUCUUUCUAAGUAUGAAAGGUCAAGCCAGGUUGUUAAGGACCAGGAUGCUGGAAAGAAGGUCACAGAAGCACAUAUUAAAAAAGGAAAUGAUGAAUCGGAGAGUGAUUUUGAAUCAGAUCCCCCUUCUCCAAAGAGUAGUGAGGAAGAAGAAGAACAAGAGGAUGAAGAAGUCUUGCAGGGUGAGUCUGGAGACUUUAUUGAUGACAAUGAUACAGAACCAGAAAACUUAGGCCAGCACCCCCUUCUCAUGGAUUCUGAAGAAGAUGUAGAAGAUGAUGAUAAACAAAGUUCUGACUCUGAUUCUAGUCAUUUUAGGCCUGUAGAAGAGGUACCUUGCAAUAGAUACAGAGAAGGGACUGGCUGUAUAGAAGGUAGAGAGACUGUGGUACCAUGUCCUUCAUUGACUGAGUUCCCAGGUGCAGGUUCCAAUUUGAGCCCCAAACAAGAAUUUGAUGUCUUUGGAGCAGUUCCAUUCUUUGUUUUGCAGCCUCAAGAACAAAAAGAUACUUCUCCCCAGGUUACCCAUUCUGAGCAAGAUCAGGAUGACUUUGAUGUCUUUACCAAAGCCCCAUUCAGCAGAAGAAUAUCUCAACCAGAUGAUUUGAUUUCAGGUUCUGAAACUCAAACUUCUCCCCUAUCCCCCAAAAGCGUGGACGUUUUUGGCUGUAUCCCAUUCCAGCCUGUUUCCACCCAAAGGCAUAAUGAAAGUAAAGAGGAUCUGUUUGGACUCAUCCCAUUUGAGGAGAUAGCAGGGAACCAGCAGCAGCAAAAAGUGAAACAGCAGCAACGGAAUCUGCAGAAACUCUCUUCCCGUCAGAGGCGCAUGAAGCAGGAAGGGUCCAAGAGCAAUGGCAAGCGCCAUCACGGAACACCCACAAACACAAAGAAGACUUUGAAGCCUAGUUACCGUACACCCGAGAGAGCCCGGAGGCAUAAAAAAGCUGGCCGACGAGACUCCCAAAGCAGCAAUGAGUUUCUGACAAUUUCUGAUUCUAAGGAAAACAUAAGUAUUGCCCUGACAGAUAGCAAGGACAGAGUCAAUCCUCUGCAGGCCGAUGAUAGUCUCCUGGACCCCUUUGGAGCCAAGCCUUUCCAUCCCGCAGAAUUGCUGCGUCUCCCCCAGCACCAAGGACUGGGUGAUAAUCGUGGGGAUCAUAACACAGCGGUGCCUGGUAGACCUAGACAGAGUUCAUUCCUUGGCAGCAUUCAUGCUAGCGAUGGUGUAAAAUUAACAGAUGAUUUCGGAGCAGUUCCUUUCACCGAACUUGUGCCAAGUGUGAUGUCUUCACAGAGCCAGCAGCAACAGGCAGUAGAGUUAGAUCCAUUUGGAGCGGCUCCAUUUCCUUCCAAACAGUAGACUCUUUUAGGAACAUCUGGAUUUUUUUAAAACUUGGAUUUAAUAUACCACUGUAAUCCAUUUACUUAGGUUGAGAGGAAAAUGUUUUGUUUUUUAAAGUACAACAUGCUUAUUCUCUGCUGUGACUUGAUGAGAUUUUAAAAUCUGCAGUGUUAAAGAUGCAAGAUUGAGAUGAUGAAAUGGCUGAAAGGUUUGAAUUGAGAGAAGGUUUCCAAAAGUUAGAUCAGAAGCUAGUUAUCGCUGAGGAUAUUGGCUAUGACUAUAUUGCUCAGAAUUGUAUCCUUUGUAGAGUGCAAUCACACUUGAACACAGAGAUGGAAGGAUAUGACUGGGUAUACCAUAACUGAUUAAUGAAAUAGGAUCUAUCAGUCAAAAAUCAAGAAGAUGUCUGAAAAAGCCAGGUUUAUCUAGAACUGCUUCAUUUUAUUUGUUCUAAAGGUUUUUUUUUAAACUCUCCUCUUAAAUCUCUGAAAAUCAGAGUUUGCUGUCUUGAUACUGGUUCCUAAACUAUAUGAAGAAACUCAAAUCUUUCUAUAUGUGUCUGCCUGAACUGUGCAUUUUCACAGUAAGUGCCAUUAAUAUAAAACAGGGAUAGUUAUAAUUCUUAGGAUUUCAAGAACUUAGUGGGGAUGUUGGAAGCGGGAAUGGAAUGAGGAAGCAGCAGCACUAACAGUUAGCUUCUGCAGCACUUUGAGGAUUGCCAUUUCAGAAGAGAUCUUGGUGUACUUGCAUACCAUACCAACACAUAUCAUUUUUGAGAAGAUGGGGGAAAACAGCCAGAAAAUUGUAGCAAAUUCUAACCUAUAAAGAGUUUAAUCAGAGUUUCCACCCCAUGUCUGCUCAAGUUUACUGGGGUUUUGUAUUUCAUAUAAACUGUAUAUACCCUAAAAGGUUUUUAAUCCUCUAAAGUGGUUCUCACCUAAUUUUUGAAUGCUUUCUGUAUUAACGUGAUUGUACUUUUCUAAGACUUUGUACAAAAUACACCGAGCGGUUUCCAACAAAAGGAGGUUUAGAAUUGAAGGCUUAAAAAUGAUGCUGAUUUGAGUCUCUUACCAUUACUGCAUAGUAAAACCAGCAAUGCCUUACAGCCAGGACCACGUCCUGAUAAAUUUACCUCUGAGCCAAUUGGUGCCCUUGAGACACGGAUUGUAAAAUUUGGAGAACUUAGGUGAGUACACGGUACAUUUUUGAACUUUCAGUCUGGGCAAAGGUAUUCCUAAUGUCUUCAUUGGCUGUUGAUCAUUUUAGAUCAGGUAUGUUUGUCCAAAAUAGCAAUUUGAUGUCCUGUAGGAGCAUUGGUUCCUAUACUUUCAGUUAAAUGGUUUUGUGAAAAUGGGUGUCUGUGAAAAGGACAUAGUAAACAAUUUUGUCACAAAGAAUGGCCAGGAUCCAGAGAACAUGGCAGUGUGUUUUUGGUGUACACGUGUGUGUGUGAAUGAGAAAUACUAAAUGUACAGCAGAAACUGAUGCUUGCUCCCAUGACAUAUACAGCAAACCAUUCUUAAAAGUGAGAAGUUUCAGAAGACGUUUCUGUCAUUAAGCGAAUAUAGGCUUGACAUCUCUGGAUCCUUGCAUACACAUUCACAUUUAUGUUAAUUUGAACUGUAGAAGCUACAUAACCUUAAUUAUGGAUGUGCCCAGGUACCAUUUACAUAGUUUGAAUAUCAUCUUGAAAAAAAAUGAGAAUUCCAAUGGGGGGGGGCAUUGAAUGAAUUUCCCUAAAAAAUAUCAAGUGUUGGUUUUUGCCAUCCAGCUGCUGUAUUAAGACAGAAGAAGAAAAUAGAAUAACUUUUGGAUAAUUUGCCAACAUAGUAAAUUUGAAAAGAUAAAGGACCAACACCCUUAAAACAUACUUCAAAGCUGGUUUUUGAAAAAAAAAAGUUUAUGUGGUGUUUUUAGUCAUUCUUAAAAGAUAUAAUUUCAAGUGAUUGUUAAAUGUGCUUCUAGAUGUGCAGUCCAUCUCUUAGUGGGAUAUGAAACCCAAAGCCUAAAACAUUUAGAUGUCUAUCUCGUUACCCUAAAUAUUUUGUAAAGUUCUGUGCAUGUGCCUCAGAAUGCCUGCUCCUUUAUUCUUAUGCCAAAGCCUCAGACAUAAUACAAGUGUUGUAGAAUAACUUUUUCCAAAGGCCACUUCAACCAUGUCAGAUUUCCUAGCGAGAAGGGUAUUAAGCUAUCCAAAAUGAAUGAAGUCAUUAAGGGUCUGCUAAUUAAAUGUACUGUAUUUGGCUUUCAUAUUGGAAGACUUUCUAUGUAGGAAACAUCUCAGUGUGGGUUGGAGUCCCAGAGUGAAUGGAGAGCUGAUUUUAAUUAUGGUCUCCAUGUGAUAACCUCUUUUUAUUUGAAAAGAUGUACCUGCUUCAGGUGGUACAGAAGGAAUGCAGUAGUUUUGAUUCCUCACCCCAAAGUUAUCAUGCUGCCACUUACUAAAAUUAAUGGGACAAAAAGUAAAUCACAGCCAAUAUACCUAAUUAGUUUGAUAAUGUAUUUUCUGCCUCAUCUGUCGGAUUACAUCUGACAAUUGAUUUUUUUAUAUCUCAAUCAAAACCCUUUUCAUCAGAAAAUCCUGAUGAAAUCAGAUUGCUGUAAGUUGUUUCCAGUAAGCAGUUACGUAGAUGAUGAUAUGUCCUGAGAAACAACAUUUAGAAUAAUCAGGUCACUCCAUUUUCUGCCUUCAGGAUCCUAAAUUGUGGCUUCCAUUUGCCAGAAGGAUAUCCUUUGUACCUAGUUACUGAUUGAUAGUUUUAUUCUGUACAUCUGUAUGGACAUGUGAACUUACACUGUAUGGGUGUAUGAAUUACUGUACUUAAUAACCAAAAGUGGCAUCAAUCUAUUUAGUGUUGGGAAGGGCUGAAAUAGCACAACUUCAUGAUUUGCAUGUUUUUUUUAUUUCUCAGAUUUUUUUUUUAAUCUGUUCAAUUGUGUUCCAUUCUCGGAGACUGCCU